CCGUGAUUUGUUGUUGUAAUCAAGUAGCUAAAUAUAACUAACGUUUGUGGCCAUGUAAUGUAUAUAACGUUGUGCCAUGUAAUGUAUAUAUAACUUGGCGUGAGUUGACGGAAACUGGGAACAAAAUAUACAUUGUUCUCGGGUCAGCGACAGGCUAUGUAUCUUGUAUCUUUGGGUCCCUCUGUUGUAUUUCACAAGGCAUUGAUUCUCUCUUUGGAAUGAAUGUAUGAAUGCAACUGUAUGAAUGCAACUGCAAGAGCUUUUGCCGCCCACCAACGCUUGGACGUCACAACAACGCUUGAAUGAAACAGAUGACUAUAUAUGUGUAUCAAAUGUGUAUACAGAUGUGUAUCAACUGCAGUUGUUAUGACAAAUUCAAUUCUGCACUGCUCAUAGGAUACCGCCGACAAUCAAAACCAAGAUAGAAUUCCAAUAUGGAUUUUAUAAGAUGGAUUCCAAUAUUUCACAUCCUACUCGCAGCAAAUCUGUUCUUAUGUAUUUCUCAAAACUUGAAAACGGAGGCAGUUCGACACCAAGAUUCCAGGCACAAUGUCCUGUUUAUAGUAGUAGACGACCUUCGCCCGGCACUGGGCUGCUAUGAAGUAUCGAAAUAUAUCACUCCCAACAUUGACCAGCUUUGUUCGAUGGGAAUUAAGUUCAGCAAUGCAUACGCACAGCAAGCGCUAUGUGGUCCUAGCCGAGUGUCAUUCCUGACCAGUCGGCGGCCUGACACCACAAGACUGUACGAUGUCCACAGCUACUGGAGACAUGCUGCUGGUAACUUCACCACUCUGCCUCAGCACUUCAAAGAGCAUGGUUACCAUACAGCUUCAGUUGGAAAAGUGUUCCAUCCAGGAAAGUCGUCCAACUUUAACGAUGAUCAACCAUACAGCUGGUCUGAGAAACCUUACCACCCGUCAACACAGGCAUAUAAGAAUUCCAAAGUGUGUGCGGGGCCGGGCGGACGCAAGUACAGCAACAUUGUAUGUCCGGUUAAUGUGACACAGCAGCCUGAAGCAACGUUGCCAGACAUGCAGAGCACUCGGCAAGCCAUGCAGUUCCUACGGGAUCGUGCCAGGCUGGAGAGCUCCCCCAGUACGGCCCCUACAGCUCCCUUCUUCCUUGCUGUUGGCUACCACAAGCCUCACGUUCCACUGAAAUACCCAGAGCAGUUCUUAGAUCUUUAUCCACUGAGCACAGUUCCGCUGGCUUCAAAUCGACAUUAUCCAGAGCAUAUGCCAUUGGUUGCCUGGAACCCUUGGACUGACCUACGAGAUAGAGACGAUGUUAAGGAGUUGAAUGUCUCAUUUCCAUUUGGACCACUGCCAGAUGACUAUCAGCGAUUGGUACGACAGAGUUACUAUGCAGCAAUAUCUUACAUGGACGACCAAAUAGGACAUCUCCUCUCCAGCUUGGAGACACAAGGGUUUGCUAACAAUACCAUUAUAAUACUGUUUGGAGACCACGGCUGGGCAUUAGGUGAGCAUCAGGAGUGGUCAAAGUACAGCAACUUUGAGGUGGCUACCAACGUUCCGCUAAUCGUGUACGUUCCAAUUAUUGCUUGGUCACGCUUUGCUCGCAAUCGCUUGCAAUCGGUGGAAAAGACGAAACUCCUGCUAGAACGUAGCCUGUUUCCUUACAUCAACCCGCUGUUGCCUCCUCAUCACAGCAUGACGUCAGGUGCCAGAAGAGAAUCUGAAUGCGCCAGUGGAAGUGAUCGAGUAACUGCCAGGUGUGUGCGUAAGGGAGGCAGGCAAAGCAAUGUUUUGGUGGAGCUGGUCGACAUCUUCCCAACACUGUGCGACCUUGCAGGUAUCCCCAGGCCACCUACCUGUCCCACCAAUUCGUCUGCGAUACGACUAUGUACGGAAGGACGUAGUUUCGCAUUGGUGAUCCGUAACAGUGACAGCAGACUGCUUAAAAAUCACACUUGGGUAAAAUCAGCAGUGUUCAGCCAGUACCCACGACCGUCGAAUUUCCCGGUGGCGACCAGCGAUCAGCCCCGCUUACGUGAGAUUGCUGUGAUGGGGUAUAGUAUGCGAUGUACACAUCACCGAUACACGGAGUGGAUCGGAUUUGACAAGAACAUGUUCAGGGGAAUAUGGAGCGAUGUUCGUGCGAGGGAACUGUACUUUCUUGAUAAAGAUCCAGGGGAAAAUCACAACCAGGCAUACAAUAAAUCGCAUGCUACUUUUGUUGCAAAACUAGCGAAACAGUUACGGUACCAAAUGGAGUUGUCCUAGUUUUAAAAUUUCAUAAUUUUGACGAAAAUUGUAUGAUAAGUAUAAUUAUAUUAUCGUGAACAUAUGUAUGUGUUCAUAGUGUAUAUUGUAUAUAGCACACACGCACGUUUACAUUAUUAAGUAAAUGUUUAUACAUUGUGGUAAUUUAUUAUGUAACAUAGUAUCAAGAGCUAAUAAGAGCUCUAUUAUUAGCUAUUGAUAGUAUAUAAAUGUUUAGAAGUCCAUGUGAUGCCAAUUAUAUGUUAUUUUAUAGUUUUUAUGCUUUUCAAUUCUUGAUUCGCGUUCGCGUACUGCCACAUAGCAUGCACAAUGUUCAUAAGCCAAUCCAGAAACCUUGAUGCUUUGUUUUUGUAGGGCAUGUAUUACAUGCAUUAUGCAUUUUACAUAAACUUCCAAAGAAAUAGCAGAACAUGUAUAGCUACUAUGCUUGCCCUGCUAAAACGAAAGCAAUGACAUACAGCAAUUUAAUAAUUUUGUACAAUAUUGGUCAAGUCAAUGUGUUUUCUGUUUAUGUCUGCUGAAUCAAUAUAUAUUGUCAGGAGUAGAUAAUAGGGUAGAGAUAGUAGGUACCUAUUAUCUACUCCUGAUAUUAUAUAUAUAUAGUAGAUAAUAGGAGAAAAAAAAAUCCAUGUAACAAAGUCCAUGUUCUAUCAACUUACUGCUAGCAUGGUGGUACGUAUGCACUGUAUUUAUGGGGGAAACUCGUGGACCUUUCAUGCGCGGGCAGUCCCCUCUUCCCGGCAAGUAUACGUGAUACAGCACAGCACUGCAGCUCGAAUCUAUAUCUGAACUAUUCCUGACAUGGAGAGGUCUUUGAACGACCGUCUAGAGGUUGAUGGGCGCAUCUAUGCAAUGUGGCGUCUGCUUUCUAAAUAUAGGUAUAGUAGUGACCUGCUUUUGAAGCGAUUUAAUGAGCGGGUAGAUACGUUAAAUCAUCCGACAUUUCAUCACCAACACUUGUUUUUAAUUACACGAGGAAUAGGACUGCUUUCCUCUUUUAAAAUGUUGAGGGCACACUUACUGAUCAAAUUAAAAACAGCACGUCAUGCUCAUUUUUAGCUCACCUUGACAUCGUCAAGCUGAGCUAUUGCCAUGGGUCGUCGUCCGUCGUACGUUCG